CCCUCCCACCCCCUCCCCGCCGCGCUCGCGCCGAUGGCGGCUCCCGUCGGUCGUUUCGUCUCGCCGAGGUGACGCUGCUCUCCUCCUCAUCCGUAAAGAUCUCCUCGAAAUCUUCGGGGCAACAAAAACAAAAAAACCCGCCACCCCCGCGGGGGGGAAGCGAUGUCUCGCCUGCGAGUGGCAUCCUGAAGAGAAGAAAACCACGAGUUGUGAGGGAGAGCAGAUACCCUCACGAUGGCGUCGUCUCGCGCUGGGUGCACGAAACGGCACGAUGUGGGCACGGACAAGCCAGACGACGUCGGCCUGGCGGAGCUGGGCCCGCUGCUGGUGACCACAGGGCAAGCCACGUGCUCUGUGCGGGAAGUGGACCAGGUCCAUGCGGACAGAGAGAGGGAUGAGGAUGGCCCUGAGCCCCUGAGGGUCAUUACGCUGCCGCUUCAAGCCCACCACGCCAUGGAGAAGAUGGAGGAGUUUGUUUGCAAGGUGUGGCAGGGCCGCUGGCGAGUGAUCCCGCACGAUGUGCUGCCCAGCUGGCUGCAGGACAACGAGUUCCUGCUGCAGGGGCACCGUCCCCCCAUGCCGUCGUUCCGCGCCUGCUUCCGCAGCAUCUUUCGUCUCCACACGGAGACCGGCAACAUAUGGACGCAUCUAAUAGGCUUUUUCCUAUUUGUCGUCCUGGCCGUCAUAUAUCUGUUCCGGCCAAACAUGAACUUCGUAGCUCCUCUGCAGGAAAAGGUUGUGUUUGGCGUUUUCUUCAUGGGCGCUAUCCUCUGCCUGUGCUUCUCCUGGCUCUUCCACACCGUCUACUGUCAUUCCGAGAAGGUCUCCCGCACCUUCUCCAAAUUGGACUACUCGGGCAUCGCUCUGCUCAUAAUGGGCAGCUUCGUGCCAUGGCUCUACUACUCCUUCUACUGCAACCCGCAGCCACGACUCAUCUACCUGGUGACCAUCUGCGUGCUCGGCAUAGCGGCCAUCGUUGUGUCUCAGUGGGAGCGCUUCUCUACGCCGCAGUAUCGCGUGCUCCGUGCAGCUGUAUUCCUGAGCUUGGGCUUCAGUGGGAUUGUGCCAACCGUGCACUUCAUGGUGGUGGAGGGCUUCAUGAGGGCGACGACGGCCGGGCAGACAGGCUGGCUCUUCCUCAUGGGGCUCCUGUACAGCAUGGGCGCCGCGCUGUAUGCUGCACGCAUCCCCGAGAGGUUCUUCCCGGGCAUGUGCGACAUCUGGUUCCACUCGCACCAGAUCUUCCACGUACUGGUGGUGGCUGCGGCGUGCGUUCACUUCCACGGCGUGUCGAAGCUGCAGGAGUUCCGUUACAGUGUGGGAGGAGGCUGCACGUCCGACACUCUCCUGUGAGUCACGCCUGGAGGCGUGCCACUCCGACCCAGCUCGGUGUAAAUUCCCCGCGAGAGGCAAGCGGCUGGCGCACGCGCGCGCUCCGUUCUGUGUGAUGACUCUGAGCAGAGCUGUAGGGGUUUGCCUGUUCCCGCUAGGACCUCAAUUGGCGAGCGUUGAAGCAAUGCAUCCAGGGAAUAUUUGGGCAUCGUAUUCGAUCGGAAAGUUAUUUUUGGCAAUACUUGAUGACAAAAGCCACACAAAAGAUAUGAAAACUGCACAAAUGUUUAAUGUCACUUUAUAUAAGGUUACAUGGGGAGUAUGCAGACAUGAAUACAAAUAAAAUGAUGCCCAUAUGUGUCCCCUGGUUUAUUUUACAUUCGCGAGGGGGCUUGCUUUAAGGUUUAUUUUUCAAGUGAUGGGCCCUGCUUUUGACACACCUUGCCUCUAUUUGUUGAUGGCAAUGUGGCAGGAAAGUCCCUGUUCACUUACUACUGUUUGGGAGCACAGGUUUACACAGAAGGCCUCUGGCACCCAGACAUAGUCCUGCUCUCCAUCUCCACCAGACUCCAGUUAACAAUAACCCAGUUUACAUAUUAGAAAUUAGUGUGCAUACAAGUUGGCUUGCAAAUUUGACCCUUGUAAUGCUGGCUUUUUGUCGAGCCGCCUCAGUGGAGACAUGCUCUAUGAUAAAGCUGCUGAGCAUGCUGUGGGCUGACAUACUCGCCCAGCCACUUGCCUUCGCGUCGAGUUUUAUCGUCAAUUAUUACUGUCCCCCUAUGCACCCAUUUGCUGUUAAUAUGUGCAAUCACGUUUACCCAAAUGUUAAAGGUCUAUUCAGUGAUACGAUCCGAAAACAGGGAUAUCGUGUAUCGACUAAAUACAAAAAUAAUAUUUUAUAUAUAAAAGUUAAAUGUUCAAAAAAGGUUUCAUUAUGAUGUAACUCAAAUUAUGUAAGCGUGAUAACUUUUUUUAAAACAAAAACUGAAAUGAUAAAAAAGUAAGAUCUACAGUUCAACAUUUUAUUAGCAAGCAAUAACAGUACUUACACAAUUUUUACCAUUAGUCAUGGAUGUUUUUUCUGUUAAAAUUUCGGCUUAGAAGCAUUGAAGAGUGCAUUUCUCCUUUUGAAAUGGGAUGUAUUUUUGAUGCCGUAUCACUGAUAGCACCAGUAAUGUUUGUGGGAAGCUUGAAUAUACGCGGUGUCUGAUGUGCCCUCACACUGGUUUCAAACUUGACAAAGGCCAUGCCCGAAGACCUGGCCAUGUGAAUAGAGUGAUGCCGACACAAACCGGCUUUUAUUGCUGCUUGCGAUCAUGGUGCUCAAGAAAUGUCCUCGUCAACGUUAUGAGUAACACUUGCCACCGGAGACACAUUGCACGCGCCACCAUGUCCUUUUAUGGUCAGAUAAUUUAACCCUGCCACAGUGCACCUGCAUUGAACAUAACGGAACCGUUCUUCGACUGCUUUUACAUUGAAUACAUGUCUCAUUUGCGAGAUAAUCUUAGGCGCAGCAUUUCUGUCCACAAUACACCUGCUCAAACACGUCUUACUUGGAACAAAAACUAAAAGUUGUGCGUGCGAGCAUUUAUAUAUGUCAACGUUGCAUUUGCCUUGCUAGCUUAUGCAACCGUGAUGUCCCUUGUGAUACCAACAAAUGUCCUUGAGUAAACAUACUUAAAAAAUAAACAAACACUGAGAUUAGCAUUUGUCAAAGGGCAGCUGAUGACCUUUCCACAUCGCACAGUCUUGUGCCACUUAAUUGGUGCCCCGCUCACAUACUAGUCAGAGGAGAGUGCUCCCCCUUGACAUCGGAGUUUUGUGGCCUCAUGCUGUGCCACUCUGGUCACAUGGUUGCAUGUGGGAAAAUCUGAUGGGUCUGCGUCCCCAGCACGACGGGCUUAUUGAAGGGUGCCUACGUUCGGUGAGUAGUCGUGAACGAAUCGUGAGCGAGGGUUUACACAGCUUGGCCCAUUCACCGGCUCUGCCAUCCUCACAGCUGCCCGCCUGUAGUAAUACGCUUUUUGGACAAAUCUAGACGUGCAAAGUUCAAGUGCGAGUUUCUUGCAUGAUCUUUUUCUCAGGGUUAAAAAAGGUAGACAUCCAUUUGUUUUUGAUAGGCUUAUUCACAUCCAUCAAGCUCUCUGCUUUGCUCUGUGCAGCUGCUUGCAGUGCCAUUCUGCUUGCCAUUUUGUUUCUCUCAAGAACGGACACAUGUUUUUAUCAACUCGCAAUGACGAACACAACAGAGGGUGAACAAACUCGCACGCGGGGAAACGUGAACGGAAGCCGCGCCCACUGGGUUAGUCUCCCCCUUAACGGGGGCCAAUUGGGGUCCAUCGGGUUAUUUUCCCUACAAACGGCAGUAGGGUCAGAGAUCGGGAGAGGGAGACGCAAUAACUAGAUUUUAAAGUGUGCGGCAUGCGUGGCACAAGUCCUUUUCACUCAGUCGCUCAGCACCUCUUCCUCUGCAUGCCGGCAUCAGCUUAGCCAUGCAAACGUCUGUCACUUCCUUUUCCCCCCUCUUGCUCCAGUGCUUUGACGUGGAAAGGAAAAUUGGGGCCGACUCAUCUCUCCUAUCUAUACCUUAGGCCUAAAAUGAAAGCGUAUCUCAUCAAAAGCUGUUGUCACGUCGCACAUAACUCCGAACACUGUCUUAGCAUCGCCCUUUGAAUGCUUUCUGUCAUUUUCCAACUUCAAGAGCCAAUAGGAAGCAGCCAUCACGGCGCCAUGGUUUGCUUGCAAAGCCCGUCCACGGCACAGGGCGCACACCCAUGUGGCGCUCGUAAACAGCUUUUCCAAGCUUCCGCGUACGUCACCACGCCGUCGUAUGAUAGCACUUAACUCCACGCCGCACCUUUACCCCUGCUGUCGCAGCUGAAGUGCAAAGCUAAUGGAUUAUUCGUUAAGUCUCCCUUUAAUUGCAGCCAGACAAAAUCAGUCAUUGCAAACAAACAUGACUGACACACAUCCCGACUGCAUGUAAAUCUUACUUUUCUUCCCCAGUGGUAUUGCACGGGUUUAACUGUCACACAUUGCUCAAAGUUACCAUACAGAUUGUGUACUGGGGUAAACGUUUCAAGUGAUUUAUCAAGAAAUAUACAUAGUGUGUACUGGAUUGUUUUUACAUUACAUUUUAGUGCUAUCAACAGGGUACAACCAUGCUUACCCUGAGAUGUUACCUCUGCUGCAUUAUUUGAACUCUCCAAUGAAGGGCCUAUUAAUAGGAAGCUGAAAUGGUCAGCACGCAUUUUCAUCUUUCAAGUUCUCCAAUAUACGUGUUUUGUAGAUUAAAUCUUUAAAGAUUACCUAUUCGCUGCCCACUUCCAAACAGAUUUCAAUGUCUGAGUUGCAGCAUGGCAUUUAUUUAACGUUGGGGCAUGGGCUCUUGUUGUAAUUUCACAGCUGCUGUUGCUUCUGAUUGAAGCACUGUGUUGGCGGUAAGGCACCCUGGGGGUACUGUUUCAUAUGGCUUUGCCUAGCAGUGUGGCAUUUUUCCAUGGAAUAAUGAAAUGUGCCUCAGGGACGUUCAUGGAUGCCGUGGUUGGUAUUGGCAAAGGUGUCUGGCAGCCAUGCUGCUGUUCUCGCCUGGUACGAUGCAUAGGUAAUGGCAGCAAGUCCUUGCCUUCCCCAUCGGCACAACGCGUUCAGGACGGUCAGAAUGGGAUUUGGCAGCCUCAAUUACAACUCGUGCUUGAAAAUAGCAGCCGCCUGCCAAUCGUCAUGCCCAAUUAUCUUGAGCAAUGCAUCACACAGCAGGCAGUUGUCAAGAGAACGCUUCCAAGCAAGUCCCUAUUUAGACUGCCUUUCUCAUCCAGCAGCAUGUUUGCUUUGCUUACGCCCUGGCAUGCACAACAAAAACGCCAGUGUCUGCUGGCUGCCCCCAAUCAUCAGUUCCCAUUGCUGCCGGCGACUGGAGCAUUGAAGCUUGCGCACGCAACUGCAUGCGUGCGCCCGACUUUCAUCCUGUGCCGCACUGCCGGGGUCACGUGAGAAAGCAGCCUGCUGGGCAGCGAUUCUUCCUCCUAACACAAGUCCAACGCAGUGGCCGAAUGCAGGACAGGUGGAGGGGGGGGGGGAGCGGGGUUCGUUUAAAAAAAAGUAGGCACGCCGCGAGCCACUCCCUUGGCGGGCGUCCGUUGGAGAGCCGCCGGGACGUCUGAGAUGAGACACGUGGGAUGAUGAAGGUGCACUCAGUGAUGCAGAUCAGGGAGCAAGCUUUGUUUUGAGUCUCCGAUGCGCUACGUUUGUCUGAAAGUCUCCAUUGUCGCGAAACCGUUUAGAGCAACGUUUAUUCUUGUGGUGCUGAAUGAAACUUCUUACGUGCUUUUGGCAAGUACCAUUAGGGUCUGCCGAUUUAACGUUCAUCGUCUCGCAAACAACAAACAUCGCAAUUGUGAUGAAUGAACAUUGAACACUAUUAUCGCGAAAUCCAAAGUUAAUUUGAACCUAUACUUUGUGGUGCAGCCUUUGAGUAGUGGACCUGUUGUAGAUGUUGUCAAAACUAUGGAGAUUUUUUAAUUUUUUUCCCAGCAUAAUUGUGUCGUUAUAUUGCAAAAAAGCUUUGUAAAUAAAUAUAUUUUUAGACUGCAUUUGAAGAAAGUUGGUAUCACAGAGUGCACCUCUUUAGCGGAAGAGUGAUGGUCAUUUGUCUGCACGUUGUGGAAAUGUUGACACUGUACUGAAAGCCACCAUGACGUUAACGCACAAGCCGUGCCUUUCAGGACUCUAACCAAUUCAUCCAACCCAUCUGGUGCUGUCGAUCAGCUAAUUGGUUCCCAGACGGCAAGGCGAAAGCUUAACGCUCAGGUGGAGAAGAAUAAAGAGCUCUAGCCACUCAACUUCAUCUAAAUAUCAUUCAGGCCAGAGCACCACACUGCCUUAAUGUUAUGGCUGGAACAGUAUGGGAAGUGAUUCCCAGUGCUUCUCUAAUAAUUUUUGUUUUGUCCCAAGAAAAGAGCAUUUCCAGCCCCUCCAAAGCUUUUAAAACAAAAUUGGGUUUCUGAUGUUACAGCAAAUGUUACAGCAAAGAAAAUUUGCACUAAUAUGCGUAUAUCCUUGCCGAAGCUUACUUAUGUUUGUCAUGUGUAAAUGUGAUGAAGAGUCUUGGCUGUUUAUGUUUUAACUUCGUGUCUCGUUUGGUUUUUCCCCUUUAGUUUAAUUCUGAAUUAACCAUCUUCGACACUGUAUAAUUUGCAUGCUAAUCUUAACUGUUAUUUUGUCAUAUUGCAUUUACUAUAGUUUCUAUUUUUUGCCAAUGACAUGCUUGCCGUAUUUAAAACAAUGAAAUAUAUAGUGUGUUGGCAUUUAUAUCUUGUUUCAUGUGUUUUAAGCACCUGUAAAUUAGCCUGUUGGCCUGUCUACUUCAUGACCUUUUUCCAUGUUGUACAUUGAAUAUUUUCAAUAAAGAAUAGUACUGUAAUAAAGGAUGGAGAAAACAAACCA